AUGCCUCGCGCUGCGGUCAAAGCUUCAUCUCCGACUGCUAGGCACAAGCCUCCGUCUGCAGCUUCAGAAGCGUCGAAGACUCAAGAGACUUCACGUGUUGUUAGUCCUGUCGUGGUACCGCCAGUUCAUUCGGAGCCGCAUCCAGCGACGCCAGUGACCCGAACGAGGAAGCGAGUGGUGCGACGACCCAAGUAUCAUGAGACGACCAAGUUCCUCGAGCGAGAGUCGUUCAAGGGGCUGGCACCGACGGAUUCGGGUCCGAAUAGUGCGUGGUUUCCGGGUUCGACGCUCGGAGAAGCGUACCGUGUUGCCAGUACCUUGUUUCGAGCAGCACAGCGAGCGUCACUGGAGACGCGACCUGUUUCGUGGGGGUAUGGCUACACGGAUGGGGCUCUGGGGCACCACAACACUCGACGCGUGGUGGAGAUGAAGCGACUGGCGAUUUUCCGCCGUGCCAUCGUCCGAGCGGUCUCGGCUGGAAAUCGACUGAGCCUCUUCCUCACUGAUGACAACCGAGUUUUCCAGUGCGGGCGCUUGUUCAUGAAGCAGGACGGCUGCAAGAUGUGGAAGCCCGUCGAGGUGACUAUGGCGAGUGUCGAUGCCAUUUCUACUGGAGUGACUAUCGUGGCUGUGGAGUCUGGACACCUCGCAGCGUAUGCACUCGAUGAUCAAGGUCGUGUGUACUCGUGGGGGACGCAGAUUUUCGAAGAGGGAGAACCAGUGCCCAAGGUUGUCAUCGUGGAGAAAACCCCUCGACUGGUGGAGAGUUUGGCUGACAAUCGCAUCAUCAAGAUCUCCGCUGGGAACCACUUCGUAGUCGCGGUCUCUGCAACUGGAGCCGUCUUCUCCUGGGGAAGAGGGUGCUUCGGUCAGCUUGCCAACGGGGGCGUGGUCGAUGUAAGUACUCCAGCAAGAAUUGAAUCUCUGAAAGACUACGUUACGGUUGAUAUCGCCGCUGGAUCGAGUCACGUACUGGGCGUGUUUCUGCCACGAGACGAGCGUCCUCCCUCAAAUCAACACGAGCCCUCAUCUCCAGCGCAAACCAGCGAGUCUGCAGCAACAGAGCGAUCGGUUGUGAUGGCGUGGGGGCGAGGGAAGCACGGAUGUCUGGGCUUGGGAGGGUCCAACAAUGAGUUGCUACCAAGUGAGAACGCAUUCUUCCGAGGCUUGGGGGCGACCAAAGUUGCUGCUGGAGCGGAUCACUCGCUGGUUCUGUGCUGCGUCGGCGCUCACACGUUCCUGUACGCUUUCGGAGGCAACGAGCUCGGCCAGUUGGGCGUCGCAUCGAGUGCCGACCACGUCGACAUGCCGUCGUUUCUGGAUGAAUUCGUCAAUGUUCACGUUGCAGACAUCGGGGCGGGGGCACAGUACUCUGCAGCUCUCACGGGAGAUGGCGAAGUGUUCACUUGGGGCGACGCUCGCUACGGGAAGACUUGCCGAGCUGACGGACGGACGACGUUUGUGCCCUGGCAAGUUGAUCUACCGAGAGCGAUCCCCAGCAGCAGCUUCGUCACCCAAAUAUCGAUUGGAACACACCACUCGUUGGCUCAACUCCGCCUCAGCGGUGAAAUCGAUAGGUGGAGGAAGUUCCCGUUAGACGGCGUUGACUCUGCUGUACGCCACGAGGAGCAGGGAAGCAAAGUCUCCUUGUGUUAUUGCAAGAGUUCCCAGACCACGACGCGGAGUGUGCUCGGCAUCUUCGUGCAAUGUGAGACGUGUCGAGUAUCGCCGCUAUGUCGGGUGUGCUGCCGACGGUGUCACGCUGGGCAUGUACUUAAGCCUGCUGCGGUUGGGCGAAGUGUGCAACACGCUUGUGUCUGCUCCGAAGAAGGAGCAAAACUUGGAGCUUCCUGUUUAUUCGCUACGCGACUCCCAUUUGCCAUCCCAGAAGAAAGUGAGGGGACAGCGUCAGUAAGGCGGACCAGGCAGUAG